AGAACAAGCCAAACAUAAGUGCUGAACCUCAAAAAAAAAAAAUCUUGGAUCUUGCCCCCACAAACGGGCGUUAUUUGCCCCAUUUAUGGCUCAAAAACACAUGUGGUCAAACCUGCUGAGCAAUUACUGCACCAGCAGGUACGUGAAGUAACACCAAAUAAAUCUCCAACAAUGUUAACUGCCUGCCCAGCUGUGUCAAAAAGAGCCUGAGUCUCCACCUGCUCUGGAGCCUGCCAGUCAAAGGUCACGCAGGAGAGGUCCAUGAAGGCUUGUGAUGAGGAAUGUUUCCUGCAUUCCCCCACUGCCACCGUUAAUUAGAGCAACACAGCUGAAUUUCUAGAUGGAGCUCCAGCUCAAAUUUUCAGCUCUCUGUGAAUAAAGCCAACUUGUAUCUGCAGAUGACUCGAAUGUGCCUGAUGAACUGGGUCAACUGGAGCUAACUACACUGGCACAUACUAUCGGUCAACCAGGACAACCCAACCUAAGAGUCCCCAUUUUACAAAUUGUGUAUUUUCAAACCCACCCUUCCCUUAUAUUCUAGUGUGCUGUUAGGAAAAUGCUUAUUUGAUUCCAAUAAAUCAUAUGCUCAGAUUUAUUUUUGGUUUGAUCAGGGGUCAUUUUAUAAAAAUCAGACCCAGAGCUCUAUUCUACACUGUUUUCAUACUAUAACAUUAGAUACAUUUAUACUUAAUUAUUAAUAUUGGACUUGAAAUUUUCAAAUCUUAGGUAUUCCUAAAAAUAUUUAACCACAAACAAAAAAUACACUGCUAAGUCAUUUGUUUACUGGUAUAAAAUGGAAGGGAGGACUGGAUGAAAGUGGAAUAUAAGGAUUAGUCAAACUUACUUUACACUGAUUACAGCAGUUUCUAAAUUGAGAAACCUUUACUCUAAUGGAAAAGAUAAAAAAUGGUUUUUAAUUUUGAUUGAAAAUUGUUGAGCAAAAUGUUUCAUCACACCCCGAUUCAUAAAUGAUUGCAUCCUGGAUGAGGAGUUUUUUAUGUUAUAAGAUCUAAUAUAGAGCUGAGAAAAACAGUGAGCUAAUAAGCAUACAUUUAGGAGAUCUUAUGCAAUUUUGCAGAUUUUCACAAACUCUCCUUUUUGCUUAGUUUUCAAGUAAGAUCUAAAAGCUUUAAAAUACCAAUAUAAGUGUGAAAGCAGAAAUCCGGGGGUCCCUGAGGGCUCCACGGGAGGAGAAUUUGAGCGCUGCUUCAGUCGUUUGACACAUCCAGAACAAAAUGUACAGAAUCUGUUAAAAACAGCCCUCAGGAAACCACGCCUCCAAGUUAACAUGGCAUCUUUAAAAAAAAGACUAAAAAUAUGAGUUUUGACCCUUUUGGCUGAAUUGAAAACAUUUUUUCACAUUUGUUUUUCUCGUUGGAGGUGUAUUAGUGCGAGUGAAAGUUGUUUGCGGAGAGUGGGAGUGGGCGCGGUCUGCGUGCGGCUCAGGUUUCCACUGCGGUCGGCGUCCCCGCUUCCAGAAAAACGGGGGAGCGGCAGAAGAAGAUGCUCGCCCAAGGCUCCUUUCAAUCGAUCUCAAGAUUCUCAACCAUUCAAUUGCAACUGCAGCUGAAUCUUCAGGGUCGCUAUCCUGCUAGAAGAGUGGGAUUGUGGGCGUGUGGAGAAGGAGGGCCGAGCUCGGAGAGGAGGAGGCUGAGAGGCAGGAGCAAGAUUAAGCGGAUGAAGGACCUAGAGAAGGAGAAGGAUGCUCUGUGGUCAGGUCUGGAGAUUCUGGAGAAGGGUCGGCUGUGGUACCUCCAGCGGCUUGCGGAGAACAGGGCCCUGCGGUGUGUGGAGAGCAGAAACGGGUCCGGCAUUCACCACAAACGACCAGCAGAGGCUCCAUCCUGCCUUCCCACACACAUCCAGCGGGUUAACGCCUCCCUUGGCUCAAUAAUGAGUGGACCUAAUGUCAGCAGCAAUCCUUGUCUUUCUGAUCCACUGGCAGACAGGGACCUCCGCUGGCAAAACACAGUACUAACUCAGAAAGUGAGUGAGAAGAAUCGUCAGAUCUCUGUGUUGGAGAUGAAGAAGGAGUUUCUCCUUGAAGACCUGGAGGAUCUGCAGACCUGCUGAGCGCCUGAAGUACAUUCACCUAAGCUGAUCUGCAUAGUCAUUUCCCAGAAAGGCUUGGUUUGCCACAUUUAGACAUUUGUACAUAUACAUACAUACAUACAUACAUAUAUAUAUAUAUAUAUAUAUAUAUAUAUAUAUAUAUAUAUAUAUAUAUAUAUGUCGGUUGGGCAGCUUGCCUAAUUUUUGAGUCUUGUGUUUUCAGGUAUUUCUGUAUUUUCUGUUUUCACCUCUGUGUUAUUAGUGGUGAUUGUUCUUCUUAUUAUUCUAUGUUUCUGUGAUAUCGGUGUAUUCUCCACAGUCCCAUGCUUCUCACUCAGCUGCCACUCAUUCUGUUGAUUGAACUCACCUGGUUUCCAUGUUCCUCAUCACUUCUCCACAGUAUUGAUUUCUUUCUGUCAUUCUCUGCCGGAUUCUGCUCUUCCUGUCACCCUGGUUCCUAUGUGUUUCUCUUGUUUUCUGUAAGUUUGUGUGUUUCUACAUUAAAUGCAAUCUCUAUCAUGCAUGUCCAAAGCUCCUAUCUGCAUUUUGGUCUCGUUAAAAAAAACUCCAUCAUGACACAGAUUAUGCAAUUCUCAGAGAAAUUAAGGACCAGUGAAGAUGUUGGAGAGGAUUUUUACCACGACUCUGUUUUUUUUUAUUUUCUUAUUUCUGCAGCUGAUAAAAUUGUCUUAUUUGCAGAUGUUACUAUCAUUUUUAAAUUGUAACCAAUUGUUAAGUACACAACAAACCAAAAAUAGACACUUUUUCAGUUUAGUUGUGUCAGUAUUUGCCUGAAGUGUAACGAGCACAACCCUGCAAAAUUGUGUGUCCCAGUUCAGUUUCCGUUCUCACAAGAGGACUCACUGUCAGGACACGUUGCAGGAACCUCUCCUGGUGGUCCCACGUUGAUUUUACAGCAACUGAUGAAUCUUAUCGCUCAGUCAUCUUUACCGUUUGCAGGAAUUUUCUCUUGUGCACAGCACAACUGUAGCGUUGUACACACAGGAAAGGAAGGUCAGAUUGUUUGCUACCUUUAGACAGAUGAUGUCUCAUCAGAUUGAGCAUUUGUUUUCCCGUUUUGACAGAAGUUUCAUGUACAGACUUGACUGUGCUUCAUUAUUUCUAGCUUUCCUUAAUGUUUAUCAAAAUCUUGUUUCAAAUUCAUAUCUUCCUACACUGUCCCCGAGUGUUUGUUUACAUCAGGGCCCAUAGUGGCUCUCUGUCCCUGUUUCUGCUUGAAUAGGAUAGGUUUUUCAGAUCUCUGCUUCAUACUAACUCUAGAAGAAGAAUGGGAAAAACACCUUGCCUAAUCUAUUUUUGUGUAGUCUGUGAAACAACUUAAUGCAACAAGUAGAACAAAAUUCAAAUAUUUCUGCUCAAUCUUGCAAAGUCAACAAAAGAGGGUACAUCCUGCGAUGAACCUGAUUAGAAUCAGCUUAUUGCACAUCUGAAAAGAAAACAUCCAUUAUGAUGGAAGCUUUCCUUUAAGUAGCUUCAUGUUUCCCAUCUUCAGAGCGCCACUGAACCAUCAAGCCCGAGGGUACCAGCACUCAGUUAAUUAUUGGGUCUAAUGCGUAGCAGCACUGCCAGACACCUUUGGUGAGGGACUGUCACGCUUUUGAGCCUUUCAAUGCUGUUGUUUCAUAACAACACGGUUCACAUGAACUUCACCCUGCUGGUCUUUCUUAAUCCCUAUAACUCGCAUUAAAAGUAAUGUUUAUUAUUUUUUUAGAAAAAUUAUGGGUUUGGCAUUACUGAGAAUCCGGAAGAAGCUGUUUCCGUGCAGGUCAAUAUAGAUUCCUCUGAUGGGACUGAGGGCCUCCUGAUAAAUGCAUUGCAUGAGCUAUCAGAAGAAGAAAACUUCCUAAGUAAUUUGAGAUCAUUUUGCCACUUUACGUUCUUUUUUUCAUAGCUGUAGCACGCCUUAACUUCCACAUCUACCAGUUAAGUUACACCAGGUUUGCUCUAAUAUACAGUUCGCCUAAAACUGCCCCAUAGAAGAAGAAAACAUUCAGCAGGGAAAGGGAAGGUGAUCAGAACACGUGGAACUAAAUGCAAAGCAAUCCUAGAAAUAGUUAGAGGGUGGAAAAAGCUUGGUCAGAGGGUGACCUUCCCGAAACAUAGAGCCAGAUGAUCGCCUAUCACAUAUUAUUGCAAAUACACUAAAAUGCAAGGUCGUAUGUGAGAAAACAUGACGAAAUUCAGCAGGUAGACAUUUGUCCCAGUGAUGGAUUGGGAUUUCACCACAAGUCUAGAUCAGCAAUACCAACAUUUCUCACAAAAUUUAAAUAAAAAUGUUCUGCCAGCGCCAAAAAAAAUAUUAGCACUUCAAAUUAGGCUUAUUAUGUUUUUUUUUAUAGCGUAUUCUGUGCCUGAAUAUAAUUUUAUUUGAGCAGAUUUUAAUCAAUAUUUUGGAGUAAAAUAAUUUAUCAACAGUUAAAAGGCACAGUUAAAUUCCAGACAGUUUUCGAAAUAUAUAUAUCAGCUAAAUUAGUACAUUUUUUCACCAAUUAUUGAGAUCUUUUUCUUUAUUCUUUCAUUUAUUUUCACCUGGUUUGGUCUUUCAUAAUAAGGAUAAAUAAAAAACAUAAACUGGUUUUUGAUAAAGGCAUAAAACAUUAACUAUUUUCUAACCAAGUGACAUGAAAACGACAUAAAUGCAGAUUUAGGCUUAAUGGAAGCUUUACCAACUAUAUUAAUAUUUUGGAGGGGCACAGCCAAAGUCCUGACUUGAAACAGACAAUCUGUGGAGGGAGCUAAAAAUAAGGGUCAUGGAAGAAGGCUUGGCACUCAUCACCAAAGAUAAAUAAAUUUUAAAAAAUCAGUGGAAACUUCCAAAAAGAUGGUCAACUCUUUGCUGUACUGUCAAUAAAGAGUUUUCAUUUAUUAUUUAGAAAGGUAUAGAUAAUUUUCAACAUUUCAUUUUCCAAAUAAAAUGUAAAAAAAACGAGUCUCUUUUUUCCAAAACGAAUACUCCAUUAUAUUGUUUGUUAUAUUUUAAGAGUUGCUUGUCUCAUUUCCUAUCAAAAAUAACAAAAAUAGCAAUUCUGAAUUUUGUAAGUCCUCUAGCUGUUACAAUUUGUUGUAUUUGCAUAUGUAGCCGGCCACAUUUAUUUAUCUCAAUGAUGCUCACAUUUAGUUUGUAAAAAAAUAUUAUGUAAAGAAAUAUAAUGUAAGAACACAAAUAUUGCUACUCCUAAAAAACCUUUAAAAUAAACACAAAUAAACUUUA